UCACGGUGCGAUAAUUAUUAUUAAUUUCCCGUCCACGGUCCUUACACCACCAUUCUACGGUACUUCUAAGUAGGUUCAAAUGUUCAAUACAAACCAAAAAUAGUAAAAAGACGUCAUAAUAUUGUGGUGUUUCGUUAAUUUACAAUUUAAUAUUAAUGUUAUAAUUGCCGGACAUCGGAGCGAUAGAAAAUCGUAUCAUCAUCGUACAAUUGCAUAUGCAUAUUCUGAGUACUAGACGAUGUCAUGUACCAGUCGUCUUUGACACCACCUCCAACAGUCACACUAAUAAUAACAGUUUUUCCGACUCUUGCGCUUCCGCAUUAAAAAUACGUUCGGAUAUUCCGGCCAAACCUCCGCUGUCGAGCAUAUGGUUUUACGAGCAGCUCGCGCCUAUCCAACAGACAAAUCUUUAAUUUCGCAGGGUAUUGUUACUGUUGCUGCGAUGAACAGGAGAAAACUGAAAUUGGACAUGACACACUCUGCUUCAGAUAGUGAAUCUAAAGAAGUUGAAAAUUACGUUAAUAACGUCAAAGAACAAAUUAUGAAUGCAACUGAACUUAAUAAUUCUGAUUAUGUAUGGCAGGAGUGUUAUGAUGACGUUUCAGGAUUUAUUUACUAUUGGAAUACCCAAACAAAUAAAGUCACAUGGGAAAAACCUGAACAUUAUGAAGCAGCACACAGUAUUGAAAAUCAAGAUGUAAACAAGACGAAAAACUCCAGAAAACGGCUUUCAAGUGAUUCGUUGCCUACUCUUGAUCCAAAUUCGUGUAAUGGAUCUAAAAAAUCAAAACUAGAAUCUAAAGUUUUAAGUGCGCUAGUGGCUUAUGGAAGUGAUUCUAGUGAAGAUGAGAAUGAAGAUGAUAAGGAUCAAAAAUCCACUAUACUUCAAAGAUUGCAACAAAAGGCUGAAAUGUUCAAACAAAAGGAAUUGGCUAAAUUAUCUAAGGAUAAAUCACCUGGUUCUUGUGAAACAAAUGUUCAGCCUGAUAUUUUAGACAUUAUUGACAAUGAAGUACCGCCAGAUUAUUUAGUAGAAAAAUCUACUACAUCUAAAUCUUCAGAAAAAAAAACUACUGGUGAUAUUUUUGAUAUUUUAAAAAGUGAAGUACCCCCUGAUUAUGUCGAUAUCACAUUAAACAAUAAUACUGGAGAAGAAAAUAAAUUAAUUGUUCCGUUGGAUACUGAUGCAAUGGGUAAUAAACUGCAUUCAAAAACUGUUGAAAAUGAUUCAAAUACCAAUUCAAAUUCUGACGAAAAAAUCAAUAAUUUGACUUUAGAUUCUUUGAAAGAAAAUUCUUUGAAAUCUAUUAAUCUAAUUGCGAAUUAUGGUGAAGAAGAUCAUGAAGAUUUAGAUGAUCAAAAAAGUGAAUUAAAUGAGAAAACACUUUCAUAUGUCCAAGACCCGUGUGCUAAUAUUAAAAUUGGAUUUGGUUAUUCUGUCUCAUCCAAACACAAUAACGGAGGUUCUAUCAAUUUUGUUAAAGGCGAAACAAUAAAUGUACAUGAUAAUCAUAAUACCAAUAAAAAUAGUGUUUUCACAAAACAUGAAAAAGAUUUUAAUAAAAAUUGUGAUAUGAAAAAAUCUAAAAACCAUAUUGAAGAUUUGUCACUGCUGAUCUCAUCAAAAUUACAUUUUCUGUCAGAUUGUGAAAAAAAUGAUAAAUUGUCUUCAGUUCAAGUUAUGACUAUUAAAAUUGAUACUUUAAUGGAAGCCUGGAAAGAUAGUUGUUUGAAUGACGAAUAUUUCUCAAAGUGGUUGGAUGAAAUGGCUAUCGAGUUAUGUACUUUAGAAGAGUCAGUUGCACCAGUUGGAUGGACAUGCCAAUGGGACAAAAUUAACACGCGGUAUUACUAUCAGAAUGAUGUUGAUGGCCGCACACAGUGGCAAUAUCCAACUGAUGAAUCUGAACGUACCCCUUCGCCACCUGUGAUUUCUAAUGCGAGUACUCCUCCUCCUCCAAACAUUUCCGAUCAAAAUUAUUGCCACCCUGAACCAGUGGACAUGGAUAUCGAUGAAGAUAACCAUAAAGAAGACACGGAAAUUAUUGUCCCACCAAUUCCUGGAGAUGAACUGUCGUAUGAAUUAAAUUCAUUUUAUGCUGAUCUUGCUCAGUUUGAAUCGAAACCAGCUGGUCAAAUUGAAACAAUGAUUGCAGUUCCAUCACCCGAAAUAGUCGAAAAUGCUCCAAAAUUAAAAACCACUGUUGAUACUACAAAAAACACUUUAGAAGAAGAAAAAGAAAUUGUCAAACCAAAGAAGAAGAAAAAGGUGGGAAAAUUGGAUGUGGGCCUGGGAUUAAAACAAAAAUAUGUAUCAUCACUUGUACAGAAGUGGCAACAAAUUCAAAAUGAAAUCAAAUGACAGCUGUUUCAUCACCCAACCCUUUUUCGAUUUAGAUUAAUUUCUAAAUCCUUAGUCUUACCAAUUAAAAUAUUAACAAUAUGUUUGUAAAUUAUGUAAUUACUUUUAGAAAUAUAUUAUAAUAUAUUUUAAUAAGUUAA